AUGCGCAGCAAUCAGAUCCGUGCAGCUGGGGGCACUUUGCUGAAGCCAACUCGGUCCGGGCGCCCAGAUGCACGGGAGGACGAAGGCGGCCCUUUAAGAAGCACGACCGUCGAGGGCCUGGAGCAAGAGGUAGAUGCACUUCGGAGAGCCCUGGAAGCAGAGCAGAGCGAGAUCGCAUCCAUGUCUGCGACGUUUGGGGAGCUCUUCAUGCGCAACAGCUGUGAGGAGUACUUGCUACAGCUGGAGAGACGAAUCCAGGUGAUCGAGAACAGGAACGUGGAGAUUGUUCACUGGAGGAUUGAAAAUGCCGAAGAUGUACGCUCGCGCUUUCAGAAGGGCGAAUACCUCGCGUCGCCGGAAUUUUCAGCUUGUGGUCUCGGAGGUUUCUGCUUCCACUUCUACCCUCGAGGAGAUGAUUUUUGCGAAGAAGGCUACUGUUCUGUCUACUUCCAUUUGCCACAGGACACGAAGGUGAGACGCACCUUGUUCGUUGGGCGACAGCGGCACGGUCCUGUGGAAGCAGAGUCUUUAACCAACAUCGGUGUUUCCGAAAUGUGCGUGCUUUCAAAUCAAAUCGACAAAGAGACCGGCAGUGUUGUGAUAGGUGUUGAAGACCUGCAAGUGCUGAGCUCUCCGCAUCUUGUUGAGACGAGGACCAAACUUCAUCUCGUUUCCUGA